AUGAACGCCUACCGAUCGCCUGGUCCGGUCCUGGCGAUGCAGCAGAGCCUUGCCUCGCCGACGUCCAGCACCGGUGGCAGCAGCCGGGGAGCGCACCACGCAGGACAGACGCCCAUCGACUCGCUGCCGCUGCUGGCGUCCACCAGCCGGCUGCGCAGGAGCGCCAGCAAUGCCAGCUCGGCGGCAGGGGCAGCUGGCAGCCCGGCGGCGGCGGGCGCCCGCGGCGGCGCCGCCAACCUCCCGCCCACCGCCAGCUCCCCGCAGCACCAGCUGCUCACCACACCCAGCUUUGGGCGCACAGCCAGCAACAGCAGCGGCAGCAGGGGCCGCGCCUUUGCGGCGCCCCUCAGCCCGGGCUUUGGCGGCAGCGGUCCCCUGAGCGGCAUCCGGCCGCGCUUCGGGGCGGCGGCACCGGCCAGCGGCGGCGGCGGCGGCUGCGCAGCGUUGGACCGCCGGUUUGGUGGCAGCAGCCGCCGGCUGUCAGCACCCACAGGCUACUCAGAAUCAGGCAUGUCUGAGGCAGCUGCACCCAGCUUCUCGCUGCAAGCGCCCAGCGGUCUGAGCAGCGACGACGAGGAGGAGGAAGUGGAUUCUGGGGCUGCCGCUGCUGCUGGGCGCAGGCGCAGGCUGAGCGCCCCCGCCGGGGUGCGCCCCCUGACGGCGGCUGAGCUAGCACUUGCCGAGGUGACCGCCAGGUUGGAGGCUCAGCUGCGGGUCGGGGCACAGAAGAAAGUAGCCGCCUUUGAGCGGGCGUUACUGGACAUAGAGGCGGACGAGGCUGCGGAGCUGGCGGCUGCGGCGUCGCAGUGCGCCGCUGCGGCGGCGGCGGCGGCCAAGGCCGAGGCGGACGCGCAGCAGGCGCGGCAGCGGCAGCGCGCCGCGCUGCUCUCGGGGCUGCGCAGCCAGCACCAGCAGAAGGCGGAGGAGGGGGAGCGCAAGGUGCAGCAGCUGGAGGCGGCGGUGAGGCAGCAGCAGGAGGCGGCCGCCGCUGCCGCCAAGGCGCGUGCCGAGCAGCAGGCGGCGAUGCAGGCGGCAGCCCAAGCGGAGGCUGUGCAGCGGCAGCAGGCGGCAGCGCAGCAAGCGGCUGCAGAGGCCGCGACGGCCGAGGCCGCCGCCGCCGCGGCAGCGCAGCGCAGCGCGGCCGCAGCGGCGGCCGCGGCACGGGGCAGCGGGGUGCGCAUCGCGCCGUCGGCGGCAGAGUGGGAGAAGCAGUGUGCGGCGGCGCUGGCGGAGGCGCAGGCCGCGGUCCGGCCUUUCGUCGACGACCGCUCCAUGCGCGACAAGAAGCGGGCGGUGGACAAGUUUGUGACGCUCAACGUGCAGCAGAUCAGCGCCACGCUGGAGCAGGUGCGGCUCAAGGCGCAGGCGCUGGCGGGAUUUGUGGGGGCGCAGCACGGCGCGCAGCGCAUCUACGCGCUCCUCACGCUUGCCAACAAGCUGGUCAGCCAGUGCGAGGUGCAGGUCACCCGCCUCCACGCCUUUGCCUUCCCGCUGGCCGAGGUGGCGGUGGCGGUGAUGGCGGCGCACCCCGACUUUGUGCCGCUGCUGGCGGCGCGCCUGCACCAGCUCUGCCCGCUGACCGUGCCCAAGUACGCCGUUUUCCGUUCGGGGUCGGGCCAGGACGAGGACGCCUACCUGCGCCAGCUGGGCUACAUGAUCAGCGCUGACGAGGACACGGGCCAGGUCACCCGAGAGACCACCGACGAGUUUGUGGGGCGCGUGCAGGGCUACCUCAUGCUGUACGCCGCAGUCACGCAGUCUGACAAUCCUCAGAACCCUCACGGCCUCGGCCACGCCUGGACGCUGCUGGCCAGGCUGCUGACUGCGCUGCCCGCCAACCGCGUCACGGCCACUGCCGUCGAUGCCGUGCUCAAGGUGGCUGGCUACCGCAUGCACCUGGCCUACCGGGGGCAGUUCAUGAAGCUGCUGCAGUACAUAGAUCGCGAGUUCCUCCCCGCCCUGGGCACCUCCAACGACCCCGACGCACGGGCGGUACACACCCGUAUCUCGACCUACCUGCGUACCGCUCAGUAUUCCAAGCCGCCAGAGGGGCGAGACAUGCCUCAGUUCGACGCCAGCAGCUACGACCGGGCGUGA